AGUAGUUUAGUUGAAUACGCAACACCGUCAGAAAAUUGUGCCGAACAAAUUGUGGAAAUAUUUUCGUGCUUUUUUUUUUUAGCCAUUUGUUUUUAUCUGUUCAGUAGUAUCAUUAAGUCACAUUACUAUAAAAGUUAACAUAUAUGUGUUCACUUUUAAAAAUAUGUCAGAACUUGGUCAAGAAAGUGGCGGUAGAGUGAAGGGUGUGACGAUAUUGAAACCUAUUGUGUAUGGAAACAUAGCAAGAUAUUUUGGCAAGAAACGAGAGGAGGAUGGACACACCCAUCAGUGGACAGUGUAUCUGAAACCAUUCAAAAAUGAAGACAUGACAACAUAUGUGAAGAAAGUUACGUUCAAACUUCAUGAAAGUUACCCCAAUCCUACAAGAGUGGUUCUCAAGCCACCAUAUGAAGUUACAGAGACAGGUUGGGGUGAAUUUGAAGUCAUAAUCAAAAUAUACUUUAAUGAUCCACAUGAAAGACCAGUGACCGUGUACCAUUUACUGAAGUUAUUCCAGAGUGAAACAGAUAUAAUGCUGGGCAAGAAAUCACUGGUGUCAGAAUUCUAUGAUGAACUGGUGUUCAAUGACCCAACAAUCAUGAUGCAGCAUCUUCUGAAUGGGACCAGAUCUCUGUCAAUAGGAGCUUAUAAACAUGAUACAGAUUUUGAAGAAAAGAAAGAGAAGACUUUAAUCAAAAUACAGAAUGCCAAGAGGAAGAUUCGAUACGAGAUCACAGAGCUGAACGAAAGGCUUAAACAGAAAAAACAGACUAUACAGAAACUGAAAGAUGAAAUAUCCAAGCUAGAUACACCUGCAACAGACAUAACACAUACUGAAACAUUGACUUGAUCCUAGUUUGCGUUUUAUUGUGGAACAUGUAAAUACUAUUCUGGUUUGGAAUGUACGUACAAGUAUACCAGAAGUUGAUGUGUAGUGGAAGAAAAGGCAAACAUUGUUGAAUUGGUAAAUGCUGUAGACAUUAUGUCGGUGAAAAUUCUAGAAUUUACGGACACUAGAGAAACUUUUUAACGAAAUAUAUGAUCAUUUUAUGAAAUGAAUGGGAAAAAGAGCAGUUAACCCAUAUCAUGCUUGA